GCCACCUGUCAGUGUCCAUCAGUGCCAGCUGCAAGUGCUGAACAGUGCCAUGUGCCAGUGCCACAUCAAUGCCACAUAUCAGUGCCUACCAGUGCACAUCAAUGCCAUGUAUCAGUGCCCAUCUGAGCUGCCUUUCAGUGUCACCCAUCAGUGCCAGUUAGUGCCACCUAUCAGUGCUGCCAAUCAGUGCCACCCAUCAGUGCCAUGCCCAUCAGUGCCACCUAUCAGUGUCCAUCAGUGCAGCCUAUCAGUGCCCAUCACUGCAGCCUCAUUAGCGCACAUCAGUGAAGGAGAAAAAUCACUUAUUUACAAAAUUUUACAA